ACGGCGCCCCCCCCCCCGAACGGCGGCUUCCGACUUCCGGCCCGGCGCGCGGCGGGCAGCCCCGAGCGCCCCCCCCAUCCGGCGCGGCGGUGUAGCAGUGGCCCCCGCGGCCCCGCUCCACCAUGGCGCCCACCAUCCAGACCCAGGCGCAGCGGGAGGAGCCCGGGCACCGGCCCAACUCCCACCGCACCCUGCCGGAGAGGUCGGGCGUCGUGUGCCGGGUGAAAUACUGCAACAGCCUCCCCGACAUCCCCUUCGACCCCAAGUUCAUCACCUACCCCUUCGACCAGAACAGGUUCGUGCAGUACAAGGCCACGUCGCUGGAGAAGCAGCACAAGCACGACCUGCUCACGGAGCCCGACCUGGGCGUCACCAUCGACCUCAUCAACCCCGACACCUACCGCAUCGACCCCAACGUGCUGCUGGACCCCGCGGACGAGAAGCUGCUGGAGGAGGAGAUCCAGGCCCCCACCAGCUCCAAGAGGUCCCAGCAGCACGCCAAGGUGGUGCCGUGGAUGCGGAAGACGGAGUACAUCUCCACCGAGUUCAACCGCUACGGGGUCUCCAACGAGAAGCCGGAAGUCAAGAUCGGGGUGUCCGUGAAGCAGCAGUUCACGGAGGAGGAGAUCUACAAAGACCGUGACAGCCAGAUCGCCGCCAUCGAGAAGACCUUUGAGGAUGCUCAGAAGCAGAUCACGCAGCACUACAGCAAGCCACGAGUGACGCCGGUGGAGGUGAUGCCUGCGUUCCCUGACUUCAAGAUGUGGAUCAACCCCUGCGCCCAGGUCAUCUUCGACUCGGACCCAGCCCCGAAGGACACCAGCGGCGCCGCCGCCCUGGAGAUGAUGUCCCAGGCCAUGAUCAGGGGCAUGAUGGACGAGGAAGGGAACCAGUUUGUCGCCUACUUCCUGCCGGUGGAAGAGACUCUGCGGAAGCGCAAGAGGGACCAGGACGAGGAGAUGGACUACGCGCCCGAGGACAUUUACGACUACAAGAUUGCGCGCGAGUACAACUGGAACGUGAAGAACAAGGCCAGCAAGGGCUACGAGGAGAACUACUUCUUCAUCUUCCGCGAGGGCGACGGCGUCUACUACAACGAGCUCGAGACCAGGGUGCGGCUGAGCAAGCGGCGGGCCAAGGCGGGCGUGCAGUCGGGCACCAACGCGGUGCUGGUGGUGAAGCACCGGGACAUGAACGAGAAGGAGCUGGAAGCCCAGGAGGCGCGCCGGGCCCAGCUGGAGAACCACGAGCCCGAGGAAGAGGAGGAGGAAGACCUGGAGCUGGAGAAGGAGGCACAAGGCUCAGACGAGGAGCGGGAGAAGGGCAGCGAGAGCGAGCGGGAGGCAGAGGCCGGAGGCAGCGAGGAUGAGGCGGGGGCCGGGGGCAGCGAGGAGGACGAGCGGGCAGCCCGGGACCAGGAGGAGAUCUUCGGCAGCGACGACGACGACUCGGGCGCGGGGGAGGACGAUGACGAGGACGAUGAGGAGGAGGAUGGGGAGGGCAGCGAGGCCGAGGCUCCCCGCAGCGCCAGCCCCAGCGACCGCUCGGGCCUUGAGGACGAGGAUGAUGAGGGCAGCGGCAGCGAUGGCGCCUCUGGCUCCAGUGACGAGGCCAGUGCUGACUCCAGCGAUUGACCUUCCCCAGCCCAGACCCUCUCCCCUCCCACCCCUUGCCCUGUCCUGGGCCCUUGGGCCAGUGCUACCCACCACCCAGUCCUGGGGUUGGGAGCUGGGCCCAAUCUGCCCAGUGUUGCUCAGCUGUGGGGGGCUGCUUUUCAUACUGGUGUGCCCCCCCUCCCCUCUGUACAUAGCUUGGAUCAGAGCCCUCCAUGGAAUAAAAGGGGCUUUCUUAA